CACACUGUUACUGGAGCAGUUUGCAAUGUACUGCAAGUUUUUUUUUUUACCUCUAGCUAAAUGCCCAGACAUGUAGCUUGAUUUUGUAGCGGAUCCGCAUUGUUAACUGGGUAGGUGAACAUCAAGAGAGAUAGAGCCGUAUCCAUGCACUAACUUGUUGGAAAAUGAUCAUCUGUACGAAAAAAAUGGAUUACCCCCUCGGAACCCAAUGUCAGCGCGUCCAGAACCAGGUGAUGAAGGUGAACGCCGAGAAGGAGCGGGCGUCGCUGCGGUGCAUGAAGGCUCUGGCCAGCAGGGGGUGUGUGGACGCCGUGUCCCAGCAGAUGGCCUCUCACCCCCAGUACCUGGAGAGCUUCCUCCGUACCCAGCACUACAUCCUCCACAUGGACGGCCCCCUGCCCCUGCAGUACCGCCACUACAUCGCCAUCAUGGCUGCAGCACGGCAUCACUGUGGCUACCUGGUGUCUCUGCACUCUGCCCAUUUCCUCAGGGUGGGGGGUGACCCGCUGUGGCUACAGGGGCUGGAGGCCGUCCCUCCUCGCCUACAACACCUUGACCAACUCAACAAGGUUCUUGCCCACCAACCCUGGCUCACCGCCCACUCACACAUACAGGCGUUGCUGAAGACGGGAGAGCAGUGCUGGUCUCUGGCUGAGCUGGUUCAGGCUGUAGUGCUCCUGGCCCACUGCCACUCCCUCUGUAGCUUUGUUUUUGGCUCGGGCACUGACACCGACCCCGUCCCCCUUCCCAGAGCCCCCAACGGCACCCCCCCGGGCUACUGCCUCUGUGACGCUGCCAACGGCAACGUUAGCGUGCCGCAGCCUCUCACCUCACCCUCAGAACACACAACACGACGACGGGUAAGUGUUGUGUGCCGUAUCAGACUGAAUAUGACGUCCGAGCUAUUCCACAACAGAUCGUUGCCUGAAACCACAGUCGCAUGUCUUUUCACUCUAUUGUCUCUCUCCUUCUCUUGGCAGUCUCUGGACUCCAGUUGUGAGAUGGUGUGUUUGAAAGAGAGGAUCCAGAAAUCCCAGGAGGAGAAAGAGAGGAGGGGGGAGCAUCUUUUAUACACCCAGACACUGCAGCACACAGAUGUGGAAGAUGAGGAGGAGAUGACCUACUCUGCAGACCCCUCUCGUUUCAUAACAGACCCUGAGUUUGGCUACCAGGAGUUUGCCCGUAGAGAGGAAGACCACUUCCAAGUGUUCCGGGUGCAGGACUACUCCUGGGAGGACCACGGCUUCUCCCUGGUCAACCGGCUGUACUCGGACAUCGGGCACCUGCUGGACGACCGUUUCCGCAGCGUCACGGCCCUCCCCUCGUCCCACGGGCCUGACCUGAAGAGAGCCACCUGGAACUACAUCCAUUGCAUGUUGGGGAUUAGGUACGACGAUUAUGACUAUGGGGAGGUAAACCAGUUGCUGGAGAAGGAGUUGAAGCUUUAUAUCAAGUCUGUGGCCUGCUACCCUGAUGCCACCAAGACCCCGCUGUGUCCCCUGCCCUGGGCACCACUCAAACCUUCUGAGAGGAUCCAUGUGAACUUGCUUAUAAUGGAGGCUCGGUUACAGGCUGAGCUUCUGUAUGCUCUGAGAGCCAUCACCCAGUAUAUGAUAGCUUAGGUCAGUUGGUGAGAGGGAGAGGCACAAAGUUACAAUCGCCAACGGUACAGAAAGACCCAGUUAGGAGGCCUCAGGGUUGGGAACCUCUUUACAGCAGGCAGGGAUAUGGGGAAGAGACUGGCAAUUAUGAGGGAGAAAGAGCAGCAUGCAAUGCAGCCAUAUCCUGCAAAUGUGUGACUCUGUCCUAUUUUGCAGUUAAAAACUAGGGAAAUAUAUAUAAUGCAAUCAUUUAAGCUCUAUUUGCGUGAUAUGCACACUGCAGUGGAAAGCUCUUUGCCAAAGUCGAAGCAAUCCCUCUCUUCCCCUCUCUCUGCCUUCUCAUUUUCCAUUCUGCGAGGUUGGUCUGUCCAAUUAAUUUGAUGUAUUUUCCUCUUAUCAAACAUAUCUGCUCUUGAUGGUUAAUGUGCAAUUAUAUUACUAUUAUAAUAGAUAAUCAUUAUUUUCAUUUUUAGUAAUGUAUUGUUUAGCUAUGUCUCGAUUCUGAUGACUGUGAUGAAAGCAGAUGGUUGGUUCUGCAGUGUAGCAAGGAGAUGUAUACCCAUGGCCAACACAAUACCCUCCUUCUUGGUUUGGGAUUAUUUUUGUCUUUUCAACAUUGCAUUUGUUCAAAACCAAUUGUUUAUCCCUUUUUAUUGGAUUGAGUGAAUGUUUUGGUGAGAUAUUGCCAUAGUUUGUCUUGUUACAGUCCUUGUUGGUGUAGGUGGUAAAGGUGAUGGACAAUUGUUCAUCGUAGCUCCCUUAACGUUUCACAUUUUUACUGAAGGUUCAAGAACAAAACCCAAACACUGCAAGAUGAUAUCUAACAACUAUAGUUCCUUUUUUUUAAAAGCACUUUUUAGAUAUAUAGAUAUAUAUUGUAGGUAGCGCAGAGAUGGAGAUCCAUGUUGGUCUGUCUUUUCUUUCCACUGUAUGGUGUCUAAUAGAAAUUAUAAACUGGGUGGUUCGAGCCCUAAAAUGCUGAUUGGCUGACAGCCGUGGUAUAUCAGACCAUAUACCACAGGUAUGACACAACAUUUAUUUUCACUGCUCUAAUCACAUUGGUAACCAGCUUAUAAUAUCAAUAAGAACAGCCCUUAGCCAUGGUAUAUUGGCCAUAUACCACAUCCCCUUGGGCCUCAUUACUUAAUGAUCCUGAGGCUGCUUCUUGGGUCCCUCUGUGUUCCGAUCAGCUGAUCUCCACUCCUAGUCACCCUGUAACCCUAGUCGUCUUGUGUAUGUGGAGUAGUGCAGGGACUCACGUGGUCCUGACAGGCCAUGGCUCCAGAUCUGAAGGAGAUCAGAACUCACUUCAGUAUCUUCGAUAAAUCUGCAAUCACUAUGAUUAUUUAAAAUAUAUAUUUUAACUUUAAGAAACGCAAAGAGGUGGCCAAAGUAAUGUUUUGUAGAGUGAAAAAUAAGCUCAGCCAUAUGAAUGUCAAUUUUUAUAUUGAUGUGCUCUGGCAUAGAUCAAAUGAAGGAAUCUCCAUUUCAAAGAAAACCAUCCCUAAAACUGCAUUGAUGCAUUUAAGUGGUUGUUGAAGGUCUGUAGAACUCUGAACUGGAAUAUUGCAACAUAAAAGUCCCUGCAAGUGACCUGCAUUGAGUUUGAAUUGAUGUUAAGCAUACUCUACUAUGCUACAGAAGAUGUAGACUAAGGAUAAAAUGUCAUCAAUGGUCUGUGUACGAUCUUAUGCAUGUGAAAAGUAGGUCUGUCUUUUUCAAUUAUUUAUUUGGCAAGCUUUAUGACCUAAAAUAAAAAUGCUGAUUCAUGGUACAAUUUGCAGAACAGCGUGGGUAGGUACUGCAAACUAGAUUUUUAAAAUGCAAUUAUAUCCUUUUUUUGUUUUACACUUUUUUUGUCAACUUUGCAUUACAGUACUAUAAUUGUUGAGUUCUUGAUGUUGCUUCUGGGUUCGCUGCUAUAUCCUGCCUGUUGCGCUGCAUCCUGAAUAUUUUAGAGGCAGCAGGGUGGAAGACCCUUUUCAAUAGGCUCGACCGUUUUGAAACGACAGGAGAGAAGAAGAAAAAAGUGCAUAUCAACAGAAGUGCUUUUUAGUGCAGGUGCCUUUAGGCCAAACUGGACUGGUGCUUGAGUGGGCAGACAUGACUACUCUGGGCUAAGUAAGGGCCUUGCUAGAGCAGACUGCCCCGAUGGCUCCUCAGGAACAGUGUUCUGUGGCCCAUAUAGAACGGCCAGUGCCAUAACCACUGGACACAAGUAUGCACAGUGGCUCGUCUGCUACCCACCUUUUUCCGGGAAAAUGCAUUGAAAUGAGUUGACGUAGAUGUACUGUAGCGCAAAAGAGCGCUACAGUCCUCAUUGGCUGCUCGUCAACACCUCUAUGACAUCGUUAUGGCUCCAAAUGCAGGAGCGGAAGAGUCUGUUCCUGUCUGAAGCUUCCGACCACCAGGCCAAGGAACCAAAACGAUAAGAGCCACUGACACAGAGAUGGAUGUUACAGUUGUUCAAUAUUUACCACGUAAAUGAAUGGACAAUAAAAUAAACACAAAAAAAAGUGAAACAUAAGUUAAAAAAACAAAAAAAACUGUUUUUGGAAAUGUGAAGACUUAUUUUUUCUAUAAAGAUGUUCUAUCAAGCGAGUGUGUUUCCACUUCUUUUCUUUUUACUGGGGUUACCUAAUUGUGCUUUCACAUUUGCCAUAUGCUGCACUCCUCUCAUAUUCAAAUCUAAAUCAACAGUGUGUACAACUGAAGGACUCGACUACAGUAGUACCUCAAGGAAACCAGUUUAGUCAUACCAUUCACAGUACUAUUGUAAAUAUAUACAUUCAGAAAUGUAAAUAGCACAUAUUUCCCAAAAAAUAUAAUACAAAGCUGGUGUCCUUACAGUUAAAAGGAUGGUUGUCUUAGAUCAUUGAGGAGGAGUAAGGAUGAGGCUAGCCUGGAUCCAUAACAGAAUCUGAGACAGACGGCAUCGUGAUUUGAGCAUGCCUGAAAUCAACUCAACACGCAUCCCCAACCAUUGGCCGAGUUCCCUUCUGAUCCCUCACCCCUGUGAUCAUCUUACUGAGAAAUCCACAUUUAACCUAUCAUGCUGUUGUGCAAUAAGGAACAACCACACAGUUGUGCUCAUAUUGCUAACAGUUGAUAUGUCUGUCACGAACAUCGGCAAAGUCAGUAUGACAUCUGCACAUUGAUCUGAUACUAGUACUCCCUGUUUAUAGCUUCAUUCUUGUUACCAUUUUUAUUUUUUAACGGCUUUGUUGAUUUGAUUGCUUUUGAGGCCGGUUAUAAGUGACAGGAUGAAAGACGAAUUAACUUGGUUCAGCUCUUUUCUUAUUCUAUUCUCCAUUCCACUCACACCAGUGUCCUCACAUGCUCCUAUUUUCUGAUUCUCGGAAACAAAGGCCAACAGGUUGCCACAGAGGCCUGAAUUAAUUCAUAUGGUAAUUUCCUACAUAUAUUUGAAAGGCCUCCAUCCCUUGUGACAACAUGAUUAAACCAUGGCAGUUUAUUGGAUAACGUCAGAACAUGUUAAUGUGUUAGUAGUUCCUCAGAAAUCUGGGGAUGGAGGUGCACCGGAGAAACCUUUUCUAUACACUUAGACCCUCUAGUGGAAGAUAUUAAGCAUUGUGCAUUAAUGUUAAAGGCCGGAUGCAGUCAAAAACGAGAUUUUCUUUGUUUUAUAAAUCAAAUUAAAGUUUAUUGGUUGCGUACACAGUUUAGCAGAUGUUAUAGGGGGUGCAGUGAAAUGCUUGCAUUACUAGUGCCUAACAGUGCAGUAAAAUGCUAAUCUGGGUGUAGACCAAUAAGAGCGUUCCAAUAACAGAUAGUUUUCAGUUUUCCCCUCCCUAGUCAAACCACUCCCAGACAGUCCAAGCAACAUUCUGUCUUGAGAAAUUGCUCUUUGUAACCAUUUUCAAACAGUCACAGUAACCUUAAUUGUUACCCAGAAAAUAUUUGAUAUUGAGAUAAAAAUGGCUGUAUUGGACCUUUAAAGUGAAAAACAUCCCACUGUUAUAUUCGUUGAUAUCAUGAAGUUAAUGAACAAUAUAAAUGUGAAUACUGGUGAACCAAUAAAAUAAUAAAGAACGAUUUGGCUAAUAUGGUUAAACAGAUUACGUUUAUUUCCACUUUCCAGAACUGUUUCCAAUGCCAUCUUUGGCUGACUUUACAAUAUGUAAAGUAAGAUUGAGAGAGAAAUAAGACAAAAACGAUCAAAAUAAAGUAAUUAACACAUAUUGGCUAGGCACAACUCAUCAACCCCUCUGAUAACCCCCACCCCUUCUAAAAACCAAACAAAAAGAUUUACUGUCCACAUACUAAAAUACUGUAUUAUCAAAGUGGGGCCAUUUAAAAAAAAAAAAGUUUUUAAAGGAGAUUACUAACAGCUACUUUUAUCAUGAGAAAAUUAGUAUUAAAGAAAUUGAAGAAAAAUAUUAAGAAAGGAAAUGUUACUGGUACUAGGGGAUAAAAAGUCAAAAGACCACAAUUGUAGUUGACAGUGGGGGAAACUCCAGCAGAUUAUUCAAGGUCAAGGACCCAGCAAAUACAGCCUAUGGGAAGGAUGUCCCCUAUACACUGUGUUUUUAAACACGGCCAUCACACUUUCAGUCAACACUUAAAACAGUUACACCACUGUCCAACAAUGACACAUUCCCUUUCAUUCGGUCACUCCUAUCAAACACUCACACCCACAAGAUGCAUAAGGAGAGGACAUCUUUCAAAGACCCAGACAAUAAUGUUAAUAGUAUGACCAUAGAAAUAGAAUGGGCUUGGAACCUCUAACCCUGCCAAUUUGACAUUGGUACACUCGCAACGGCUGCCUGGUAUUGUGACGCAAUAUUUUCCAUGUUAAUGUAGAAUGUUCAUUCAAAUGAUUUUCACUGAUGUGGCUCAUGCAAUGGAAUGUAUUUUUUCUAAUGUCAGUUAAGUUGAAUCAACGAAUUACAGCACAUAUUGAUUUACUUCCUGCAUGGCUCCUAUGUGUACACUCACAAUGGCUGCCAGUCCACCCAUUAUGCCAUCAUUGACUUGAGUAUCACUGCGGAAUCCAUCACAGCAACCAAAAUUAUUUGCUGUUUAUCAAUGGGACUUUCAUACAUGCUUAUUAAAAUACCUCAAACUACACGGUAUUCACUUUGAUUUCAAAUCUAUUUAAGUGACAAAGUUUGGGGAUCACUAUAUAUAUAUAUAUAACAAAAAUAAUAAUAAAGGUUUGUUUCUUUAAAGGCCCAGUGCAGUAAAUAACUUGAUUUCCUGUGUUUUUUUUAAAUGUAUUUUACUUUUAUUUAAGUAGGCAAAUCAGUUAAGAACAAAUUCUUAUUUUCAAUGACGGCCUAGGAACAGUGGGUUAACUGCCUGUUCAGGGGCAGAACGACAGAUUUGUACCUUGUCAGCUCGGGUGGUUUGAACUUGCAACCUUCCGGUUACUAGUCCAAUUGUUUUAUAAAUAUUUCCACACUAUGAGGUUGUGAUAUACCCUUUCAGUGUAAAAGCUGUUUGAAAAGAUUUGAAUGACUGCCUCUUGGUGGGAUGGGGCUUUGGCCUGCCUGGUGACAUUAGUAUACACUAAUAAGAAAGAGAGUUCCAAACUCAAACUCUGCCAAUAACAGCUAGUUUUCCCCUCCCCACCACUCACAGAUGGUCCUAGCAAAAUUCUUGCUUGAGAAAUUGCUCUUUGCUAAGAAGCUAUUUUGGUUAAUUUUUUUGUACAUUUUUUACUGUUUUAAUUGGGGAAAAAAUAAUCACAGUAAGGUACUUAAUCAUAAAUGGCUGCAUUGGACCUUUAACAAAUCAAUACCUUUAUACUCACUCAAGAUCUCUGUGAUGCAUACAAAUGAUUCAAGGCCCUAAAGUGAUCUAAAUAUGCACCCAUUACAUUAUGGCCCUCUUAAUGUAUGUCAUAAAUGACAACUAGCACUGAUCAAUAGGAAAAUCUUUGUGAGAAAAGGGUGCUUUAUAAAAAUUAAAAGCUAAUGUAUUCACAUGGUUACAGUGACAUUAUUAACAAUCAUGUAAAACUCCAUCUGGGAUGCAUUUCAGAUGAAAAACUGGUCAACACACAACAACAAAAAACUUUACAAUAAACAAAAACCUUUUUUCUGACAUGAACAAAGAAUUAAAUACAAACUUCUACCUAACACAAAACACAUCUUCAAAAGGAAAGAAAAAAACGUGGAAAAUUACAUGGUGCAUCUUGCUAUUGAGUAACAUGUUCUAGUGUUCAAUAUUGGCAGUUUAACAACCUCGAACGAGACUAUUAUUAUGAUAUACGACCAAAGAUAUCUUGUGUACUUCCGUCUUACAGUAAAAUUAGAAUUUCUAUUUUAAAGUUUUAAAUUGAAAGUGGCUUGAAUCCAAGACACUUGUGUCAAGGAUGCCAUACUCAAGAAAACAGCAGAACAUGAGGGGCUGUUGGUUUCCAGUCUUCUAUUUUAACAAAGAAAUUCACCUUAAAUGUUGUUAUUCUGAUGAUUAUCCGAUUACCCCCUUAACGAAGAUGUUUCCAUUGUUAUUCUUUUUGAAUGACCCUGAGAGAUCACUGCUGAAAGCAAAAUGUCCUCCAUUGUGUAAAUUCCAUGUGAGGUUUUUAUUUGGAUUUAAAUUUCACAAUAGUCAAGUCAAAUGAACUAAAUAAGUGGCAAGUCAAUUUGAAAAAUCAAGUUAUACUGGUCCACGGAUGCACUUGGCCUCACCUCACCUGCCUUGUCAUUUGUUAAAACGACAGGUCUUUGAACAGGCUCCACUUGCAAAGCUUAUCUGCACUGAAAUACAUUGUCCCAAGCACCCCCUUAUCUGCCAUGCAAUUCUUAGUGUUCCUUUGGUUAUGUAUAAAAACUACAUGCAUCUCAUCUUUUACAAAAAUAAAAGAAUAUAUAGAAAAUGACUGUUAAAAAUGAUCUUUGAAAUAGUUUUUCCAAUUUAAAUGUUUUUCUUCUUCUGAUUAGUAAUAUAUUAAUAUCUGUUAAUAUUUCACUUAUAACCUCCAUCUAAAUUGUAUAUUAAACUAGUCAAAUAUAGGUCUUUUUUUUUUUUUUACUUCACACAUUGUAUUAAUUUCAUUUAAAAAAUGGUUAGUAAUGUAUAACAAAGUGUAAUUAGUGAGAAAUUAUUCCCACAUGAAGCCCCGUUUUCCCUUACUUAAAGCGAUAUAACAUUUAAGGAAAACAUUAAAUAGCAAAACCCUUCAAAAGGAGAUCUUAAUUUCCUUCAAGACUUAUUUUUACUUCUCCUGAUUGAUCUGCAUAGCAUGUCAUGUCUAUGUGCAUAGCACGUAUACAACCUUCCUCCUCUGAUGAAAUGAUUCAACCUAACUUGGAUUUCGGCUCUUCUUUUGCCAUUUGAGUAUGCUUGCCACCUGACAGGAAUACUCCCAAGUGCCUUGAAACACAACAUGUAAAACCUGUGGCCCAUACAGCAGUGGAGGAAUACUGCUUUCAAUGAUAUAACACUUGGCCAACCAAAUCAAUUGUCGGCAAAUAAAAUUACCUUUGAAUGCCCCCUGUAAAAAGUUCACAAUUCACAUUUCUUCAUAUUGUUGGUGAAAUUACACAUCAGGAGAGAAAAAAAUACUCCCCCAAAGUUAUUUCCACCCUGCGCUUUAGCACACACUGAGCAGAGUCACGAAUGCCAAACUGUAAAUGCAUAUCACAUAUGUGGCCGGGACGAAAAAUAAAAACACGAAGCAGACCAACUUGUUGGUCCUUUAAAAACCUGCUGUAUGUAAAAUAUUGUGUGCUUUAGCUUGGAAAAUAAAUACAUGUGACCCUGGAUGACAACAUAAUGAUAGUUUUGAUAAAGAAGUUCAAUCUGCUUUGUGUUUUAUUUCCUUGCCACGAUACUAAAGAGUAUUGCGAUACUGGUGUCGGCCCGGCCCUAAUCACAUACCCCGCACUGUUCAAUUACUGAAUUACCACUGAAAUAACUCCUAGUUACCUUGUAGCUCCAGUCUCUUCAAUGAAAAAUAAACAAAAAGCACAUGUUUCGUACCAUCAAGCGACCAAACGCUCAACUAAGUUUGGUCAACCUGCAGAGUCCAAUGUCAAAUCGUGCAUCCUUAACUCAGUCUCAUACAAUGACCUUUAACAUCUUCACACUUUGCCCGCGUCAUACAGGUUGGCUGACGUCACGAAAAUGACGCACAAUGGGGCCAGAAGCUGAGCUUUGUUAUGAUUCUGAAUGGUCAGAUGGCUAGUAACAAUAACAAGAAGUUGCCAUGUGGGGAAUCGUAGGUGGCUCAUUUCAGCUAGUUUUAUCUUGUUCUUGAUACCGUGUCUUGUUUUAAUGUGUUUUGACUGAUUUCAUGUCAAUGCUAAUAUGGCUAAAAUGAGCUAGCUAAUCAACAACUUUAACGAUCUAUGAGACAAGCGCUCAUUGUGCAAAUGUAUUUAUGUUUUCAAUAAACAUUGAGAUUAAAUAUAGUUUACAUGUUGUCAACAAUCUAAGCCAACCAUGCAGUAGUGCAGCCAGAAAUGAAUUGGUUCCCCCCUAAUUUACGGCAAUUCUAUUUAUUUUGUCAUGAGGCAGAGAGAAAAAUUUGCAUUUUUAAAACUCAUAUACGUGUAUUGACUGUGAUAAAGGCACUGAAUUAUGAGCGGUCUUGUUUGCUAAAUGAACAAAGUAGGCAGUGGUAUGGUGCAUUUAUAUAGUGCAUAUAGUCAUAGAAGCACAGUGACAUAUGCCUCAAUGCGGUCAUAUUCAUGGCUUAUUGGGAGUGUGGCUUUCAGUUAGUUAGUUAUUUUUGGCCACCCAUCCCAUGAGAGUGAAUGUCAUUGCAGUUCAUCUGAAUGUUAUUCCAGUGCACUUCUUGUAGGGAUGUUAACGGGUUAAUUGGUUAGCCGCCGAAAAUACAUUUGACCAGUCAUGCUUAUCGGUCUAUAGGUUCAUUUGCAUAAUUUUGUGAAAUUAAAUUGGUGUGUGUAUUUUUGUUAGUCGUCAUGCAUCUUAGUUAUCACAAGCACAGCAUACAGAGUCUAGUUUGAGGAGCAGAAUAGCCUACCACCUGUCAGACAGCGCGAGAGUAGCUCCUCAAAAAGCUGGUACUAGAGUGAAAUAUUAUUUUAUAAGCCCAGUCAUUGCAUGUUAACUGUUUUGAUGGCCACAGCUAAAAAUAUCAAUUUUUAUUUCUCAAAUUCAACUCAUAAUUCAAGUGCACCUCCCAUUCGCCAUUUGAGUGCAUAUGCUAUAGUCAACGGUAGGCAGGCUAUCAGCGUGUCACCCACCACUUUACAAUGUGAGCUUGAGGCAGCAUAAUUGUUUGAAACCUGAUCGUUUUACUUUAAAUAACGAGGCAUGUCUUACCUUGCUUCAAAGUAGCCUUGCCAAAAUCCAACCAUAGAAACAUGGAGGAAAAUAUUAUUUUAUAAAGAUUUCCUCAUGCCAUUAACCAUCAUUUUCUACUGCUCUAUUGGUUUUCAUAUCUUUCUUUCGUUGUCCAGAACCUAAAGACACAAUUGUAGUCAUAUUAGCAAACCAUCUUAGUUGUUGCUAUUAGAUUCCCCAUCAUUCUAAGUUUCAUAUCUGUCACAUAUGGAACCGUUUGCAUUAGGUGUGCUGUUUAGAAUGUGGUUUUCCCGCGAAUUGCAUUUUGGCAAAUGUUUGAAAUGGAGGUUUUAUUAACUGCUUCAUUACAGGAGUUGAACUUUCAAUAAUAGACAUUAUAGCCUUUUGACUGUAAGACGAUAGGCUUGCUGUUGUUGCAUGUUUCCAUUAAGUUCACAAUGAAACAUGUCCGUUCCUUGUAUGCAUGCAUAGUAGGAUAUUUUCUGUUGGUCAUGUCAUUUUACUGUUUGGGAAAAAUGUAACCAUUUGUUGACCGGUUAAUGAGGGUUAGUUAG